UAGACAUCAUUUGUUUACAAAGUCAUGUCAGCUGUGUGAUGGAAGUGUGAGCCUAUCGAUUCAACAUUUAGGCCUCUGAACUGGACAAAAUGACACGAAAUAAGGAAAAAUCCGAGAAGCGAAGUGCUUCGGACAAAAAGAUGUUCAGCAAAUGGGAAGCAGCACGGCGUCAACGUUUUAAUAUAUUUAUAGAAAAACUGAGGCUUUCCAUCCCAGAUUGUGACAAAAAAGCAAAGGCUGACAUCAUUCAGAGUGCAAUAGAGUACAUCCAGAAAUGCAAAGCAUACAAGGAGAGUGUCCUUGGCGGAAACGAAUUUGUGGAAUUGAAAGAGGAAAUCAAGAGGCUCAAAAGACAAGUAUUAGAUCUGAAGCAUAUGAAUGCCUUACUGGUGAAGCUUGUGCAAGAAACUGGACUCAAGGUUGAAUCUAGAAAUGAAGGGAGAGAAAUCCUUUGCACCUUUCCAGGUACCUGUGUUCAAAACAACUGCACUAACAUAAGUAUGAAAAAACUCUCAACUGGACCUCAAGGCCAGAUUGUGAUUGAAGAUAAUUUUGAAUAUGUUCCAGAAGGAAGUUUUGAUGAAACUUUUAGUGAUGGGGAAGAUGGCAUUCAUACAAGUAUUCCUUCUCAGAAUGCAGAUAGCAGAAUUCCCCAUGUGGGUAUUAGUGUUGAGAAAGAGUUUGGUGGGGAUCAGAGAAUCUCUAAUCAUCUUAGUUCCACACAAAGCACCAUUACUUCAGUAUCCAAGUCCAGUGAAAAGGUAUCAACAGUAUAUGCUGAAAAGGAAAACAACAGUUCAAGUGAUCAUCAUGGUGUCGCCAAGAAUUCUCAUGUGAUAAGUGAUAUUGUUAAAUCAAAUGAACCGAGUAAUAGGGUGACCAAAAGAGAACUGCAUUCUGUAAAAAAAGCAUCUGUAACUUCAGCUUUAUUUAAUCAGCCAACUGGUGAAACCUCAUUUAAAUCCGUAACAUCUGUGAUAUCCUCCAAUGGUCAAGGGAAUAAUAGUAUUUCUGUUCCACUUAUUAAUUGUGAAGGUGAACCACUGACUAUCAUAUCUGAAAAUGGUGAAAAUAAACAAGUUAGAGUUUUACCAGAGUCAGGAACUGUUCUUGCUCAAAAUUGUCGUAAUGACCAAGGGACAAAUAUUCCUCUUUCAUGUGUUAGUGAAGACAUUUCAGUAUUGCCACAACCCUGUGAUCCUGUUUUAGAGUCCACUGGAAGUGGGUCAUCAACAGAAAGUAUUUUAGUGGAAAAUGUAACCAAAGAUUGCAUGGUGACUGUUAGCAUAAUAGAGACAGGAAAUGAAGGGGAAGAAUCAGUUAGAGUUGAUCCGUCUGUGAAAUCCAGUGAAAUUUCAGGAACUUCAAGGAAGCUAGAGCCAGAAGUAACAGGAAAAGUUAAUAAUAGGGCAGAUGAAAUUGUACUAACAUCAUCAGGCACAUGUUUGGUGAUGCAAGAUGUUACUCAGCCUGUUGCACUGCAUCCAGAAGUACAGAAUCCACCAACGACAAGUGCCCAGGUUAUUUCAGUCCAGGCUUCAUCAUUUUGCAAUAAUAAUCCCCAGCAACGGGUGUCAGUUCAGGUAGAGGAUGGAGGUGGGGACAAAGGAAACACCAAAGGGCAAAAAGUAGUUUUAUUACAGUGUAACAAUCCAGCUCCUGGGACAAUUCAGUUAGUGCCCCCAAUUGUUUACAAUUCUCAGCUUACAUAUGUUACACCGUCACUUUCAAGUGUCCCAAUAAUGUCUACUGGGGUUCCGCCCCCACUCCUUCAAGGGGGUAGGAUUGUCAGAAUGAUGAAUACAUGUCCUGUAUUGUUACUCCCUUCAAAUCCAGUUGUACCUGUUCCCCAGCCAACUAGAUUAAAGCCCAUUGCACCCAAGCCAUGUUCAUGCAAGGAAGUUUCUGUUUCUCAAGGGAAAGAUGUAACAACAGAGGAAACUUGCCCUAAUACAACUUCUGAAAACAGUAUUAAGCCACACAUUUUGCCCUCUAAGAGGGAUUCAAAAAGUCAUGGCAGAAACAAGAGACCAAUGACUUUAGAUAUCUGUGAUAAACCUACCAAGUGUAGCAAGAGUGAAUAUGAAGUUCCAUCACUCUCCAAGAUUAACCCAACUAUGCAAACCUUGCAGUCAAUAGAAACCUCAAAACCAGUUCAUUUGAACCAGGUUGAUAUGCCUAGUGCUCAGAGUCCAGACCUUCAGGAGAUAUCCACAUCCACUCUUACAGGUUUGGUCCAUUCAGCUGGUAUUAUGGAUUGUGUGGAAGAGUCUUUGGGAAAUAUAAUGGAUAUUCGUGUUGAUAUGCCUUGUGUCAUUCCAGAGACCAUUCGUGAGAGUGGAAUUGAAGCGAGUAACCCUACUGAUGAUAGGUUAGUUGAAAUGCUACGUUCCAUUGAUGAGAGUGACCCAAGAUCUUGUGAUUUCUCUCCUCCUUCCUCACCAAUAACCAGCAGUGAGCAGAUUGUAAAGUCUGGCUCUAAAUCUGAAUCUCUUAUUCAUGCCCAUAUAGAGAACUCUGUUGAUGAUAAAGUGCAUGAGGGAAAAACCCAAAAUAUGCAGACAGAACAACUUAAGAACCAAUCUGUAGAGAAUCCAACAUCUGCAUCAUCAUUAGAACCUCAGAGUCAGCCUCAGACAUUAUGCCUUACUAAACCUAGUUCACAAGGGCCCACAGAGACAUCGUUGAACAGUAGUUCCUACAGUAUUACAGCUUUGUGUUUAUCAUCCAAGCCUCAGGAAUCUGUAGAUCCACCUCUAAGCACAGUGUCUACCCAGGCCACUUCAAGUAGUAGUAAUAUUUUCAUUCCACACUUGACAGACUCCCUUCCUGAAAUAAGCUCAAAUGUAGUAGCAUCAACUGCUGUUUCAAAUAGUCAUGCAAGAGUUUCUACACCUCUUGUUUUACCAAGCUCAGCUUAUCCGUCUACAUCCACACCAUUACCUUCUCGUGAAAAUCUGCCUAAAGCAUCAUCAGCUCCAACUGCCUGUCCAUUGUCUCUACCUUCCACAGCAGCUCUUCCACCCCCAUGUAUAUUUUUAAGAGCACCAAUGUUGCCAGCUACCUGCCAUUCCUUACCUCUUCCACUCCCACCAUUACCACCAAUUCCUCAUCUACCACCGUUGACAGCAGAUCAUCAUUCUUCUGGACAUUUACCUUUAGUUGAUCCUAUAUCAAGUUUUCCCCUAACCACCUCUUCUUCCUCAGUCUCAGUGGGAAAUUCAACAAAUCUCCCCUCCGUAUCUACAGAUGUUCAGUUGUCGUCACCUGCAGUCACCUUACCUACCCUUUCUGCUUCUGCAUCAUCAGUAGCAUUUACUUCAUCAUAUCAAGUUACAAACCCAUCACCUGUGUUUUCAUUUUCUUUAACACUACCAUCCACUGCAAGUACAUCGGUUUCAUCAGUAGGAAACCACACUAGCACAAAUGCCACUUCUGUAACCACUACUUUGGGGCCAUCAUCAGGUGCAAGCACUGGGUCCUCAACGACAUGUACAUCAAUCUUUUCUUCACCCUUUUUACAUCCCUCCUCCACUGUUUCUUCUAUAAUAAACCCAACUACAUCCAGUCUCCCUGUAUCUAGUAGUACUCAGAGGUCAAUAUCUUUGCCUUCUGGAGUGGCCAGUUCUGUUCCAGGGACUAGCAUUUCUUCCAUAGCUACAUCUGAACCAGCAUUAUAUUCAAAAGUUUCAAACUCAAUUUGUUAUCCUAACACUGGAAGUGGUUCAAAUUUGACACCAAUGCUAACACCUCAUUCUACCCCAAUGCUGACAUCUCAUUCUACCCCAAUGCUGACAUCGCAUUCUACCUCAAUGCUGACAUCUCAUUCUACCCCAGUGCUGACAUCUCAUUCUACCCCAGUGCUGACAUCUCAUUCUACCCCAAUGCUGACGUCUCAUUCUACCUCAAUGCUGACAUCUCAUUCUACCCCAAUGAUGACACCUCAUUCUACCCCAAUCCUGACUCCUCAUUGUGAAAGAUCCAAAGCAGAUAGUGUUAAUAUGACUGCUGUAGAAAAUAAUCAGGUGUCUGUUGCCAACUCAACAACUGAGACAAGGACUUCAAGCGCAACAAUGCAUUAUGCAUCCUCUUCAAGUUUGAUAUUGCCAUUAUCUUUGGAAAAACCUACAUCAAGAAAUGAGGGCAGUGGGGCAGGAAAUUCAAAAGGCGGUGUGGCUAAAACUCCCAUAAACUUAGAGCUUACACCUCUUUCAAAAGGUAAUGAUGGAUUGUCUUCAAGUAAGGCUGUAACUAUACAAACUUCCACCAAAGAGAAACAAGUGAAGGGGCUGCCAAAUGCAGACCUAACUGUGGAGGUUCCUGGAUCAUCAAGUAGUCAGUUACAGCAUCAGACUUUAACAGAUAGUAGUGAUAAAGUCAAAAGUUAUGGUUAUCUUCCUGCUAACAUAUCAAAUACAAACAGUAAUGAUGUAAAGAGGACUUCAUUAAUCUCAGUUCCAUCAGAGGUAGCAGUAAAAGAGUCAACCAAGCCAUCAUCACAAGUGGAGAGCUUAGCAUGUGACACUGCCACUAGUAUUAAGUUACAAACAGAGAAUUCAUCGAAAAUAGCCACAAAAGUGACAUCAUUUUCUUUAGAGAAAUCCAGAGAGAAACCAGAUCAAGAAAGCCUUAAGGAAAGGUCACCAGUAUCACACAGUGCUUCCUUAAUUUCUAGCAAUAAUACUACAUCAUCAAGCAGUGUACAAAGUGUUCCUGUGGAAAAAGUCAGCAACUGCUCUGUUUCCUAUAGAGCAUGGAGUGAACAAAGUCCAAAGCAGAUGGUUACAGGUCCUCAAAAGGAAAGUGAAGCACAGAAAGACAUAUCUUCUGUGAGCACCCUCAAUUCAUCAUCCCAGAAGUCUUUACCACAAAGUACUCAGGCAGCCCAAUCCAGUCAAGAGAAAUCAGAUUCAAUGAAAAUAGUUAAUUCUUUUAGAAGCAAUACUUCAGAAUCUGCUCAAGUUUCUGGGGAACAUCAGAGUCAGAACAUUUCAAGGGAGACUUCAAGUAACUCUGCUAAAAUCCAUGGAUCUUUGUCGCAAGAAAGUUUUGUGUCCAAUUGUACUACCAGUGGCCCACAGCAGUCUAGUAGUAAAUACGAAAAGCAAAGCAAACUUCACAACUCUCUUCCCAUAUCUGAUGUCCAUCAAGCAAGAUCUGUAAGCAGAACACAAGAAUCUUCCUCUGCUUCUGAGGUAGCACCACCACCACCACAGAUGCAAGCUGUUGUUUCAGAGGCAGUCUCAUCUUUGCAUUUGGCACGACAGCAUACCUCUCUCAAUAAGAAAGACCAGAAUAUUCAAGCAGUAGAAGCAUCUCUAGCAAAUCCUUCAAGAAAAGCAGAUCAAAUAGUAACAAGCCCUCAUCGAGAAUGUGACAAAAUGGGAAUGCAGCUACAGCAGGUUUCACAUGCAAAAGCACAUGCUGCUUCACAGCAUUCACAACAACACCCUCAGCAUCAACAACCACAUCAUCAUCAGCAUCAGCCAUCUAAAGAUAACAGUGGAUUGCAAAGAUCACCAGCCAGUGUUCAAACUGUGUCAUCCCAAACACAUUCCCAACCAGUACAUCAGCAGUCCAUUGGGAAGUACCAGACUAGCCAGAAGCACACUCAGCAACAUCAGCCGUCAAAUAAUAGUGGCCAACAACAACAACAACAGCAGCAGCAGCAGCAACAGCAGCAGCCUCAACAACAACAGCCUCAACAACAGCAGCCUCAACAACAGCCACAACAUCAACAAUUGUCUAAUCAUCAUAGAAAUCAGCAGCAUGGCAGUACAAGCCAAAGUCAACCACACAUGAAUCAAAAUGCUAUUCAGAAACAUCAGCAGUCGCAAACACAACAGUUGACCCAGCAACAACAACAGCAGCAACAGCAGCAACAACAGCAGCAGCAGCAGCAACAACAGCAGCAGCAGCAGCAACAGCAACAACAAGCACAGCAACAACAACAACAAGCACAGCAACAACAACAAAGGCAACAGCAAAAUACUGUUGUCCAACAGCAGGUUUCAGGUCACUCGGUACAGCCACACAAUGGAAAUAAUUUGUUACCGGGGUCACUCAUAGGUGAAGUCGGAGAACUUUUGACUGAUAAGAGAGCUGCAGGUCACUUGUCUGGGACAGUAAUGCAACCCACACACCAGCCAGGAAUGGUUACAAUGCCUUACCAUCCACCAAUGGUUAGUGCAUCAAGUUACAUGCAACCUCCUACAUAUGACUAUAAUGCAUACUGCCGUAAGGGUCCCCAUUCACCUAGAUCUGAAGGCCGGCAUCAGUGUUACGGUUAUGGUAAGCAACACCAGUACCAACAUAGUGAUUUACUACCCCCAGAUCCCACAAUGAUGACUGACCCUCGACUUCCACAUAAUCCCCCCAUGCCGAUGCCAAUGACAGGCUUUAUAGAAACUGCAGAAGAUCCAACGCCAAUGCGCCCAGAGCCCUCUUCUGAGCAUGUUCGAUAUUUUUCUGUUAGCCACCUAGUUAGCCAUUCCAGUGAAUCUCGAAAAGGAUCUGUUAGUGGACAACAGAAGGAUUCUUCUGCACAGCAGUCAGAGGACAAAUCUAAAGAUUCUCCUCGAAGCAAGUCAGGAAGUAGAAAAUCGGAAAGUAAGUCACGUGGCACAGGAAGUAAUAAGAAUAGUUCACAGGGAGAUUCCCAUUCACGUAGAAGAAGCCCUGCAAGAGGUUCUCAGCAAGGUAAUGGGGGCACUGCUUCUUCAGGCAUGUGGGGUAAUAAGUCUUCACCAGCACAUAAACAAGGUCAUAAUUAUUCAGCAGAAGCACUUUUGAGCUCUCAGAACUAUGGGAGGACUGUGCAUCGGCCACCAGCAAACAAUAAUUAUUCAUUAAUGGCUCCUAAUCAGAUGUACCAGAGUAAUUAUUCAACCCAGCAGAUGAAAAAUUUUGUACCAAAUUCAUCCUUUGGAUAUUCAAGUCAUGACAGAAAUGGUCAGGGUGGUUGUAAUCCUGACUAUAAUUUCCAACUUCAUACUCAGGCUUCAGGCUCCCUGGCUUAUGGUGGUAACAUGGCCUACAUGGCUACAGGGUACCCAUACCAGAAUCUUCCCCCAUCAUCUUCAUCUAUGCUGUCUGGUGAUAUCAUGCCACCACCUCAUCCAGCAGGGCCUUAUCCACGUUUUCAUGAAUUUCCUGCUGACCAAAGCAACUUUCCACCCAAUCCCACAUUCCCUUUACCUUUGGAUCCACAGGAUGUGUGCAGUGGAGGUGGGUUGAUGGGAGCUGCAAGUGGCUCAAUGAGUGUUCGAGCACCCCAUUCAGAUAUGCAAUUAGUGUCCUCUUCUUCAGCCUCCACUUCUGUUCCUUAUUCUAGAUCAAAUUCAAAUCGUAACAGUGGUAACUUAGGUAUAACAACGAGUGUUCCAAGUAGUGUGAAUAGUAAUAAUCAUGGAAUUUCAAGUAGCAGUGGUGUUAGUUCAAAACGUCCUCGAUAUGGAGAAACAAAUAUGGUCGGUGGAGGAAUGAGUAGCUCAGCCAAUCUUUUGGAAGGUGGAGCUCUUGCUCAUAUAUCUCUUCAUUCUUUUACCCCUCCCUGUGAUGACUCUACCCUCGUGCACUCAAAUUUAUUCCCCGGCACUGCACCUCGCCACCAAAGCAAUUUUCUUUUGGGGCCUGAUAACUUAAUGCCAAUUAAUGCUGCACAGUACCCAAGUGGUAGCAGUGGUACAGGUGCAAGUGGUGCUGGCCAACUUGGUACAGGAAGUGUCACAGCUGCUUCAGGAUCACGUGCUGGGUCAUCAGUUGUCCUCCCUCCAGGGGCUCCUCCUGGACACGUUCCUUUUAGUCCUCUUCGUGUAAUGGAUCGACAGCAGGUGAACAUGGCCCCUCCGACAGCACCACAUUUAUCUUCAUCCCUUUCAAAUUUCAACCUCACUAGCAUCAUUCCAGAAAUUGAUGGCAAAGCUGGUGAGAAUAAUGGAGGAAUGGGGUCUUCAUCACGAGGGACAGGAAUUGUAAAUAAUGAAGUUUUGGGUUCGGCAAUACCUGGCCAAGCACGUCUUCCUCCCAUGCCUUCAUCACUAUUGCAGCCCUCAGAGCACUUGAAGGGCCUUCCAGCAGAUGCUAACAGACUUCCCCCACCUGUUUUGAAUAACUCCAUGAAUAACAUUUUCACACACCCACCACACCACCAGGUAGAGUAGUUAUUUGUUUAAUUUUACUGUUUU